GGCGCCGGUCUGCGCCGCGCCGCCCUCCCCCACGUGCGGCGGGGCCCGGGCGGCGGACGGGCGGCAUGUCGGGGUCGGGGUCGGUGUCGGUGGCCGCGGGCAACUUGCCCAUGCGGCUGCUCCGCCGCAAGAUCCACAAGCGCAACCUGAAGCUGCGGGAGCGCAACCUGAAGCUGCGGGCGGCCGAGGGGGAAGAGUCUCCGCCCGGCGAGGCGGCACCUCAGGGCUCCCCGGCGGAGGCGGCGGAGGCGGCGGGCAGGGAGGGCGCGGAUGCUGCCGGCCCCCGCGGCGGGGAGGGGAAGAGGAGGAAGAAGAAGAGGAAAGCGGCGUCUGCUGCGGGGGACGAAACAGAAAUUAAAAAAGUGAAAACUGAAGAAGAAUCUGUGGAGGUAGAAGAUGAAAAGAAACAGGAUUCUGGAGAGAAAGAAAUGGAAGAGGAAGAGGGGGAGGAGAAUGAAGUGCCCAAUUUACCACUAGGUGUGACAGGUGCUUUUGAAGACAAUUCUUUUACUUCCCUGGCUGGUGUUGUCAGUGAGAAUACGUUGAAAGGCAUAAAUGACAUGGGGUUUACGCACAUGACUGAAAUUCAGCAUAAAAGCAUUAAGCCACUUCUGGAAGGGAGGGAUAUUCUAGCUGCUGCAAAAACAGGCAGUGGCAAAACACUUGCGUUUCUUAUUCCUGCAGUAGAGCUCAUCUACAAGCUAAAAUUCAUGCCUAGAAACGGAACAGGAGUUAUUAUUCUUUCUCCUACUCGAGAGCUUGCUAUGCAAACUUAUGGAGUUCUGAAAGAACUUAUGAAUCAUCAUGUUCACACCUAUGGUCUGAUAAUGGGAGGCAGUAACAGAUCAGCAGAAGCACAGAAACUUGGAAAUGGAAUCAACAUCAUUGUAGCAACACCAGGAAGACUGCUGGAUCAUAUGCAGAACACUCCAGGUUUCAUGUACAAGAACUUACAGUGUUUGGUAAUUGAUGAGGCGGAUCGUAUCUUGGAGGUUGGAUUUGAAGAAGAAAUGAAACAGAUCAUAAAACUUCUACCAAAGCGCAGACAAACAAUGCUUUUUUCUGCGACACAAACCAGAAAGGUUGAAGAUCUGGCAAAGAUCUCUCUGAAGAAAGAGCCACUAUAUGUUGGGGUUGAUGAUAACAAGGAGACAGCAACAGUAGAUGGUCUUGAACAGGGGUAUGUAGUGUGUCCAUCUGAAAAAAGAUUCCUUUUGCUCUUCACAUUCCUCAAGAAGAACCGGAAGAAGAAACUAAUGGUGUUUUUUUCUUCGUGUAUGUCCGUGAAGUACCACUAUGAAUUACUCAACUAUAUUGAUCUGCCUGUUUUGGCCAUACAUGGCAAGCAGAAACAAACCAAACGUACUACAACAUUUUUCCAGUUCUGUAAUGCAGAAUCUGGAAUACUGUUGUGCACUGAUGUAGCUGCUAGAGGAUUGGAUAUUCCUGAAGUUGACUGGAUUGUCCAGUAUGACCCACCAGAUGAUCCAAAAGAAUACAUUCAUCGUGUUGGUAGAACUGCCAGAGGCAUAAAUGGUAGAGGACAUGCUCUGCUCAUUUUACGACCAGAAGAACUGGGCUUUCUUCGUUACCUAAAACAGGCCAGGGUUCCACUGAGUGAAUUUGAAUUUUCUUGGUCAAAAAUUUCAGACAUCCAGUCUCAGCUGGAAAAACUGAUUGAGAAGAACUACUUCCUUCACAAGUCAGCCCAGGAAGCAUACAAAGCUUACAUUAGAGCUUAUGACUCACAUUCUCUGAAGCAGAUCUAUGAUGUCAAUAACUUGGAUCUUCCCAAAGUCAGCCUUUCCUUUGGUUUUAAAGUUCCGCCGUUUGUUGACCUCAAUGUGAACAGCAACCAUGGCAGAAGACUGCAGAAAAGAGGUGGAGGUGGGGGAUUUGGUUACCAGAAAUCGAAGAAUGUCCACAAAGCUAAAAUCUUCAAGCACAUUAGCAAGAAAUCAGACAGCCGGCAGUUUUCUCGUUAAUCCAUACAUUCAUUAAAAUGGUUUGUGGCAUUGGAAUAGACUACCUGGAUCAAAACCCUCUGACAGUUACUUCCAAUUUAAACUACUCUAUUCGCAUUUUGGGGGGUCUUUAUGGUUUUGUUUCUGGGAUCAUCUUUUAUCUUUUCAAUUCAGGAAGACUCUGGAAGGGAGACUAAAGACAGUGAAUAUGGCCAGCUAGUUUUGCCAUACUUGUUGUAAGGAAGAAGGUAAUUGCAUAUAGUUAUCUUAAGUCAAUAUUACAGAGCUUUUUAUUAAAGAAAGUAAAAAUACUUUUAGAUUUUAUAGAAGAAUCUGUUUUACACUUUUUUCUAUGCACACCUCUGAAAAUUGUUGGAGUAGACAACACAAGGACAGAAUAGUGUGAGAUAAAAAAAUUUUGCUCACAUGAAUCAUUGCAAGGGGUUUUAGUGCUAUAGAACUCUGGUUUGUCCAUCAGAUAUGCUGAAGAAUAUAGGAAGAUUCCUUUAGAACAUAGGAUACCUAUGAAUAAUUAAGGCUGUAUGAGCUGGUGAUUAAUUUCAGUCAUGGUAUCUGUAUAACAAGUACAGUGUCCGAGAUUAAAAAAAAAUAUCUCUUACACCA